UAGCAAGUGGUAUCGUCCUGCUAUUUGAGAGCAUCCUUUUUGGGACGAAGCACGUUGUCGUCCACCCGAGCCCCUGGCUAUAAAUUAAAGUACAAGCUGUGGUUGGCUUACUUCUCUGCACAAACUCGCUCUACAAGGUGUUAAAACCAUCAAGCCACAGACCGAGGCAGAAAGGAAAUCCCCACCAUGUCUAAGGACAUCAUGAUGGUGCUGGAAGGCCUGGGGAAGGUGGGCCAGGCACUGGGAUCCUCUCAGCGUGUGCACCUGCGCCAGGUGUGGAACACCUGCAGUCUGCAGCAGCUGCUGCGAGAGGCACGAGGACAGGUGGACGGUGCCGUGGGCAUGGCGAGAUCAACACAGGAAGGAGUGAGGUCUACAAUCAGAAGAACGAUGGACGACAUAGAGACAUCAGACCUGGGAGAGAAGUUCAACAUGGCAGCAGAUACAGCAGACUUCGACACAACAUCACCACCACCAACUGCAGAACCAGCAACCGACAACAGAACAGGCAACUUUAAUAGUACCACUGCUGGUAUCAAUAAAAAUGGCUCAGCCAACUUCAGUCAGCCGACAAGAGGCUUCCACUAUGAUGCGACCACACCACCAGUGACAUCAGAUGUCUUAAAGAAGAGUGAACAGAAAAAGGAGGAGAAGAAACCCAAGCUAUCUGCCAUCAGACCCAAAGUAGCACCAAAAGUCUUCAAGUCUGUCGCCAGGCAAACUCUGAGUGACCAGGCCAAGGCCAGGGCUGUACCUGCCAGCAGGAUCAGCAGACUGGUCAGCUACGGAGGUCUUGCAGCUGGGUUGGGUGCAGGGGCCCUUGCUGAAGUGACAAGAAGAGGAUUGGGUUUGUCUGACAAUAAAGGUGGAAUUGCCCUGCUAGACUCCAGCCCCUUCCUCACACAGGCGAAUGCAGAGCGCAUUGUGGACACUCUGUGUAGAGUUCGCGGGGCUGCACUCAAACUGGGACAGAUGCUUAGUAUCCAAGACAACUCAAUGAUGAACCCACAACUGCAGAGAAUUUUUGAGCGGGUCAGACAAAGUGCAGACUUCAUGCCUCUGUGGCAGUUGGAGAAAGUAUUGGUGAAGGAGCUGGGAGCAGACUGGAGAGACAAGCUGGCAUCAUUUGAGGAGAAACCUUUUGCAGCAGCAUCCAUAGGGCAGGUUCACAGAGCCAAGCUGCAUGAUGGCAGGGAGGUAGCCAUGAAAAUACAGUACCCUGGUGUUGCCAAAGGAAUCAACAGUGACAUUGAUAACCUGAUGACAGUCCUGAGUGUGGCUAAUGUCUUACCAGAAGGCCUGUAUGUGGACAAGUUGGUGGACGUUGCAAGGAAGGAACUGUCCUGGGAGGUGGACUAUAUCAGGGAGGCGGAGAUGACCAGAACGUUUGGGGAGUUGCUGAAGGAUGACCCAAUAUUCUACGUGCCCGAGGUGAUAACAGAGUUGUCCACUCCCCAAGUGCUGACCACUGAGCUGAUCGACGGCAUGACUCUGGACCAGGCGACGGAGCUGGACGAGGACACCAAGAAUGAGAUCUGCCUGGCUAUCAUCAGACUGUGCAUGAAGGAGGUGUUUGAGUGGAAGCUGAUGCAGACAGACCCCAACUGGUCCAACUUCUUCUACAACCCUGUCCAUGGGAAGAUCAACCUCCUUGACUUCGGAGCUACAAGGAAGUUUGAGGACCACUUUGUUGACAAGUACAUCAAGGUGAUCCAAGGUGCAGCCAUGGGAGACAGAGAGCAGGUUCUCAACUUCUCCAGGGAGCUGGGCUUCCUGACUGGCUAUGAGUCCAAGGCCUUUGAGAAAGCCCACGUGGAUGCAGUUAUGAUCCUGGGAGAACCUUUCCAGAAGACGGAACCUUUUGACUUCGGAACCCAGGACACGACCAUGCGUAUCCACCAGCUGCUGCCUGUGAUGUUACGUGACAGACUCACCCCUCCCCCAGAACAAACGUACUCCCUGCACAGGAAGAUGGCCGGCGGAUUCCUGCUGUGCAGUAAGCUAAAGGCCAAACUGUCCUGCAAGAGUCUCUUUGAUGAUAUUUAUGAGGGGUAUAAGUUCAGUACCUGAGUUGCUGCUGAAUAAUGUCCAAGCAGUUGUAAUGGUCUGGCUCAGUCUAAGCAUCUUUAAUAUGCAUGUUUUGUUUUUUUCAACAGGAGUAGUGUACAUUUGUUUUUGCUAUUUGCUUUCUCCUAUUCAGGUGAAGAGAGAAAAGCCACCACAAAGGGGUACAAAAAGUGUCAAAAACAUGCGUAAAACACUGUGCUUUUACUUGAACUCGUUGUAAUGAGAUUGUUGUAAUGAGAGUAUUUGUGAGGUAACAUUAGAAACACCUUUCCCUCACAUUCAAAAAGGCAUACAGAUUCUUACAUUAGUUAUAAGGUCUAUCAUGAGAAAAUUAAGCCUACAAGAUGAGGAACAAGCUACUAUUAGGUAAUUCAUCUUUAUGGGAAAGGAGAGUUGAACCACAUCGUCAUUGGCAACUUCCAGUCAGGCUAUUGUACUGCUAUUACAGACUAUAUGUUCAGCUUUCUAUGUUUGCCAUUUGGCCAUGCUGAAAUUCAUACGGUAAGCAUACCUGGGUGUUACAAGUACCAACCACCUGUACAUUGUUGGUAGAUAUUAUGAGAAGUGUGAAGACUAUGAAGGCAAAUGAGUGGGGAAAAUUUAGUUUAUUUCUCUGCACAUAGCAAAAAAUUAAGCUUGUCACACAUGCAUUUGUAUAUAUUUGUAAAUACUUCAUAAUGCUUCAUUAAUGCAUGUUCAUAAGGACUCAAAGGUUAUGUAUGAAAAACCACACCAGUGGUGAUGGUAAUAAAGACAAGAAA